AUGAAUUAUAUAUUACUGUGUAUAUUGAUAUUUACUAAAUAUGGAUUCGCUGUAUAUAGUUCAAAAGCAAUAGAGGGAUAUGCAGCAGGAUUCUUGUCAGAUUGUCCCGGUUCAACUAAAGAGGCAUUUAUAAAACAGGAAAGCGUGAAGUAUCUCACUAUGUUUGUGCUUGGUAAUACUAGUGGCUUCUUCGGUGGUCUGCGACAAUACGGCUUCCAUCAGAUGAGAGAACUUGCAAAGGAUCCACAUAUAGAUUUCAAAAAGAAAACUAUGCUAUACGUCGGUGGAUAUAUGGAUAUUCCUAGGUCUCCUCUUGCCAUUUUCAUGGCACACGCGUACAAAAACAUAGGUUACAAUGUAUUAUUGUUGAGCACUGAAAAGUUCACUACAAUGGAAUAUCCACGAGCAUCUCGUUUCAUGCGACCUGUUGGAAAAUUGGUAGCGCAAAUGCUUAUAGAUUUAACGAAGGAAGGUUUGAAUCCGAAACGAUUAGAAAUUGUUGGUAUAAGUCUAGGCGGACAAACAGCAAGCUUUAUAGCUAAAAAUUUCCAAAAACUUACAGGUAGAAAUGUAUCUAGACUUACAGGCUUAGAUCCCGCUGGACCAUGUUUUAGAAAUUUGGGACCUAAUGAUAGGAUAGAUAAAAGCGAUGCAGACUUCGUGGAAAUUAUAAGCACAAAUAUUGAUGGUUAUGGCAUGGCUGCAGCUGUAGGGCAUGUUACGUAUUAUGUGAAUGGGGGCGAGAACCAGCCUGGUCAAAUAUUUUGGCCAUUGUGUCAAAUUCUAUGCAGUCAUGUAAGAUCUCAUACUCUUUGGCUGACGGCUUUGAAAUAUCAGAAUUCAUUCGUAGCAAUACAGUGUGAUUCUGUACAGGAAGCGAGGAAUAGGGAUUGUUAUGGGAAAAAACCGUUAGUAACUAACUUGAUGGGGUUAAAAGCAGAUAAGAGUAAAGAAGGCAUAUUUUAUUUGUCUACGAGUAAUAAUUAUCCUUAUUUUUUAGGGGAAAAAGGUACAAAGAGGGAAAAUGAUUUUUAUUUAUCGUUCGUUGCGAAAAUGAAUGAUAUGGAUGUUAUCGAAGUUAGA